CCACCACCACCAUCGCCAAAACGAUGGAGACCUCGGACCGGACGGUGGAGUUCAUCUCCACCGUCACCACAAUGACGGUGAUUGCGUUUUGUGCUGUGUUCCUCCGGCUUUUUUCAAAAGCCAAGUACGGAAAGGAGGUGAUGCUGGACGACAACCUCAUGGUGGUCGCCUGGCUCCUCACGCUCGGAAGCCUGGCGCUGCUGCUAGCGUCGGUAGCCAACUUUGGCUACACUCUCCACCAACAGGUGGAGGACAAGUUUCCCAAGGGCGCCGCCGCCCUGAUCUCGGUGGCCCAGGCCCUGAGCUCUUGCUCAGGGGCUGCGGCCAAAACUUCCGCCGCCCUGCUGCUGUGGAGGAUCACCCCGGUGUUUUGGCAGAGGGCUCUGCUCAAGACCACCACCGCCAUCACCAUCUUGACGACCCUCAUCGUCGCGGUGGUGAUGUCGGUCAAGAUCAACGACAACAACAUGCAGCAAGAGUGUGUCGACAGGACUACAGCCUGGAACUUUGGGAUCUUUUAUGCUGUAUGGGGCGUUAUCUCCGACUUUAUUUUGUCCCUUUUACCCUGGAUCAUGGUCUGGAAGCUUCGGAUGAAAAAGGCAGAGAAGUACGGUCUCGCCGUCGCGCUGAGCAUGGGUUGCGUAACAAGCAUCCUCGGGAUUAUGAAACUCUCGUACAUCAAUUGCGUCUCUGUUCUCGACCUCGAUCUCUCUUACACCUCGAUAGACCUCAUUACAUACCACUUCGUCGAACCGACCGUAAUCAUCACUGCGGCCUCCAUUCCUGCCCUCCGCUUCUUUCUACAUAACCAAGUUACCGCCAUGCGCCGCUCGUGCCGCGCAAGCGAGCUACUCGAUAUGACCAACCCAAUCACGAAUGCUUCACGAGCCAGCCGAAGAAGCUUCCUCCCCCGGCCCCCAGCUCAAGCACAUCAACAUCAUCACCCCCUUGUUGAUUCCGAGUCCAUGAUCUCUUUGUCCGCAAUGUUUAGAAGUUUACCCCCCUCCGCGGAAGACCCACCACCUAUGCCACCGAUUCGGUCUAUGCCCGUUGCCCGAGUAGGCGUUGCUGGCGCGAGUUCCAGCGAAGGAAGAAAUAUGACGACUGUUACCACCAUCACCGGAGGACAUAACAACAUUAGAUCAGCUAGUUCGAAUGAACAGCAGCCCAAGGAAGGAGAGAUUCUCAGGACGGUGAGAGUUGUUGUUAGCAGCGAAGGAGAGGGCUCUACGUUGACCUCGGAGCCGACGGCCAGCAUCAGAGAGAGUUACAGAGAGCCCAGAGAGCCCAGAGAGCCCAGAGAGCGUUCGUGGAAUACUUGGCCCAGUGGGCGCAGAGAAAGCGAUUUGGAGAUGGGGGAUGUGAUUAGGGAGAACGAGCGGAAGGGUGGGAAGAAGAACGAGUAG